AUGAAGUGUCAAACUCACGCUGACAACAAUGUCAUCAUGGUUUGUCAAUCCGGGCAAUGUGAUACUUGCUUCGUCUGUGAUAAGUGUAUAGCAGGGCCACACAGCCGUCACCCAAUGGCCACCAUUGAAGAUGUCGGAACAGCAGAGAAGAAACGACUCAAGACUCUGUCCGAAGACAAUUCUAAAAGCCUAGAAGCUCAAAAGAAGAAUAUGGAACUUGUGGACAGCAUUAAACAACGGAUACAAAACUCUAUUGACGCAAUGCUAUCAUCACAAGAGAAAUUAAGGCAGGUUCUGGAAACAGAAGAUUGGAUAAGUAUUAUUCAAGAAGGGAAAAGGGCAAAGAGGUCAGAUACUGCCCCGGAAGAAACAGGAAUUCUUUCAACCUCUCAACAAUCUCAAUGUUCAAGCGUAUCAUCGACAGAGGGAGAAGUUUCAUCGGAUUUCGAAGGAACAGUUUAUAGACACAAGAAACUCGAAACAGUCUCUAGUACUAAACUUUCACCAGAUCACAGCAUCACGUGUGUUGCCCCGGCUGAAAGGGAUACUCUUUGGGUUAUUAUAAAUAAGGAGGUCAGGUUAUGCAAAAAGCAAAAACUCGUAAACAGCAAUAUUAAAUAUGGGAAGAAAAUUCGUGGAAUAGCUGUUACAAACUCUGACAAAUUACUCACAACAUGUACUGACGAUAAAUGUGUGAGGAAGAUUACCUCUGGCGGUAAAACAUUAUUUAGUUUGAACACAGAUCCUCUGAUUCCUAAUCAGUUAUGUGUCGCCAGCAACGGCGACAUCUUAGUCACGCUUGUUUCAUCCUUUGUGGAUCCUCUGCCGGACACAGUUGGAGUCGUGAGUCGGUACACCCCACAAGGGAAGAGGAUGGUAACGUUUGAGAGGGAUCGCUUCGGUAACAGCAUCUGUCCUAAAUAUAUAGCAGCCAGUCGAGUCUCGGACAUGGUGGUUGUAACCAAUCUCACUAACAAAGACAAUGACGAUUGGUUUUAUGGUCACGUGAUAGUAAUGACUGGGGAUUUCCAAGUGAAGUUUCGUUACCUUAGUGAUGGGAAAGUGAUCCCUGGCAACCAGCAAUAUCACCAAGAUACUUCAACCAAACAUUUCAGUAUUGGUAUCGACAUCCAAGACAAUAUCAUACUUGGCGAUAUGAAAGCGGGCUGCAUUGAUAUAGUAGACAAAUUGGGCCAAAAACUUCAACGUCUGGGAGAAGUUAGUGGGAUAAGUUAUCUCACCGUUUCUAAUGAUGACCAGUUGUGGAUUGGACAGACAACAGGUCGAGUGGAGGUCUACAAACGUGUGUAA